ACACCAAGCCAAGCUCCGAAAAGCAAGAAGAGGAAGGAGGUGGUGGGAAAUAAAUGAGAGAGAGAUGAAAUAGCCUGUGCUGAAACGGUUUUGGGGGAAAAAUCUGUCCUGAAAACAAGGUCGCCCAUUUUAUCUCUUGGACUCCAAUUACUGAAUUGCUUACCACAUGACUUAUUCACUUCUGAGCUGCCUCUUUUCCUGGACAGCAUCUGGAAUACGAUGACUUGUUUUUAAAGCCCAAACUUUAAAUGGUGGAAAAUCAAAUUCUUGGAAAUACUUAUUGAAAACACUCUUAGUCCUUAACUCCCACCAAAUAUUUUGGUUAUUGAUUUCUCAGACCUUAAUUUUUCUCUCUCUGGUUUUUUUUCCCUCACCACCCUGCCCCCUUUCUUUCCCCCUCAAGUUAGUUGAAGAAGUCAGAUCUGUCAGGACUGGAGAAAAAAAUGCCACUUCCCGACUAACAGGCGGAAUCCAGCCCAGAUUUUCAGUCCUUUCUUUGCCCCCCUCCCCCUCCUUCUCUUUCACUAAUUUUCCCCGAUGUUAGCACAUUCUGCUUUGUAACAACCGGACGCCUGUAGGUUUGUUUCAUGGAAUCAUUACUUACUGAUCAGGAUGGCUGUAGAAUCUGGAACUGAAGACGGAAUGUGAAGUUGGGGGAAAAAAACAUUUUGCAAUUUUUAUUUUUUACUACAAUCAUAUCUUGGUGCUUGCUCAAGCAGGGACAGAAAAAAAGCUAUUUUGGUGCUUGAGGCUUCUGGUGUUGUGAAUGUGAAAUACUAUCUUCCAGCCUGCGAAGUUGUGAGGAACAAAAUCUUUCAAAGAGGAAAACCAAAUCAAAAAAGGGGAAAAAAGACUUCUGGUUCGUGUGCCAAAGUGGAGGGAGAUAUGUUAUUCACCGAUUGCUCUGGCAGAAAUGUUAGUUGGUUUCUACUUCUUGUUCACUUGCUCUCUAAGUAAAAUGAAAUGGGGCACUAAGUUCUUGCUGAUAGCAGUGAGGACAGAUUUUUGAUUUGCUGGCUUAAUUAAAAUGAUAAAGGAUUAAAGUGCUAUCCUCUGCCUGCCUUCCCCUCAGACAACAAGCUAAUCAGAUUUAGAGAAAAGUCACAUAACUUGAAUGGAUGUGGUUUAAAAUUACAAAAUCUGUGAAAAUGCAUUUGGGAGGGAAUGGUCUUUGUGCCUAGGUGCUGAUCCAGAAUCACACUUCCAGCUUUAUAUUUUUGGGGGAGCUUUGUGGAUUUAAAUCCGGCAAGUGAAAGGGGUUGAGUUUUUUGGACAUGGCAUUUAAGAGUGAUCCUGGAGCGUGGGAUGGAACUCUAGGGAAGAUGUUCAUUAUCAAAGGCUGCAAACAAACCUCUUAACAAUUAAAUUAUGGAGUGUCCUCUCUCCUGCCUCUAUAGUAGUAAUUUUAUUACAUUUUGGUAACAUCCAGCCAAGAUAUAUUCGAAUUUUCCCCUUCCUCACAGGAAAAGGUGGACCUGGACUUCAUGGUAUAUACCCAGAUACACCUGGGGAAGGAAAGCAAGAAGAAUUACACUUUAAAAAGCCCCAAGGAGAUAAACGAAUGUCCCCUCAUCUACAAAGGAAAGUUCGUCUGAUUUUUACUCAAGAGGUCUCAUCUUCAGGAUGUCAUUGAACACUUCCACUGCUGGCAAAGGUGUGGAUCCAAACACAGUUGAUACAUAUGACAGUGGUGAUGACUGGGAAAUUGGGGUUGGUAAUUUAAUAAUUGAUUUGGAUGCUGAUUUGGAAAAGGACAGACAAAAAUUUGAGAUGAAUAAUUCCACCAGUUCCAAGGAUUGUGGGGGUCUUGCUUCUAGUGGGGUUAAUGCUACCUCAGCCUUAGCUGAUGGCCUAAAAUUUGCAUCUGUUCAGCCCCCUGCUUCUCAGGGGAAUUCUUCACACAAAGAAACUAGCAAAUCAAAAGUGAAAAGGAGUAAAACUUCGAAGGAUGCUAGUAAAUCUCUGCCUUCUGCUGCCUUGUAUGGAAUUCCUGAAAUCAGCAGUGCUGGCAAGAGGCAGGAAGUCCAAGGGCAUUCAGGCGAGGCAUCUGGCAUGAAUUCAGCACUGGGUCAAAGUGUGAACAACAACCCAAAUGGCAAUAAUACCACCAGCAACAAUAACAACAUUAUUGCCUCUUGUGGGAAAAAUAAAGAGGAGAAACAAGGCAAAACCCAGGGCAGCAGAGGCUCCAAGAGGGAUAAAGAUGGAGGGAAAACAAGGAAAGACAAGCAACUUGACCUCCAGCAGGGACAGCCCAGCAACAACAGCCAAACUUCUCCUGGGCACUUGUAUGGUUUUGGGACCAAGGGAGGUGGUGCUAGGAGCAACAGUCCAUUCCACUGCACCGCCUCCACAGUGGGGGAUGUGAACAAAAGUGCCCCAGAUUCAGGGUUAAUGGGGAACUCUAUUUUGGUAAAGAAAGAAGAGGAAGAAGAGGACAGCCAUCGGCGAAUAAAGAAACUGAAAACAGAAAAGGUUGACCCCCUCUUUACAGUGCCUGCUCCACCACCUCCUAUUUCUAGUAGUAUCACGCCUCAGAUUCUGCCUGCCUACUUUUCCCCAUCUUCAUCUAACAUUGCAACCCCAGUUGAACAACUUUUGGUACGGACUCGUUCAGUGGGUGUAAAUACUUGUGAUGUUGGAAUAGUAACAGAACCUGAAUGCCUUGGACCUUGUGAACCUGGAACCAGUGUGAAUUUGGAAGGGAUUGUUUGGCAUGAAACUGAAGAAGGUGUUCUAGUUGUAAAUGUUACUUGGCGAAAUAAAACUUAUGUUGGAACGUUGCUUGAUUGCACAAAGCACGAUUGGGCUCCUCCCAGGUUUUGUGAAUCACCAACAAGUGAUUUGGAGAUGCGAGGUGGUCGGGGCAGAGGAAAACGAGCAAGGGCUGCAGCAACUGCAGUUGCACCUGGAAAUGAUGUUAGCUUUACGGAGUCCAGGGGACUUCAGAACAAGAACAGAGGUGGUGCCAAUGGAAAAGGGAGGCGGGGCAGCCUUAAUUCGAGUGGCCGCAGGACACCACCAAACUGUACCCUGGAAGAUGUCAAAAUCAGCCCCCUGUCCACCAAUAAGAGGAAAAACAAGCCUCCAAUGGAGCUAGACUUGAACUCCAGUUCUGAAGACAAUAAAUCUGGAAAGCGUGUUCGUACCAAUUCUAGAAGCACUCCAACCACCCCCCAGGGGAAGCCAGAGACUAUUUUUUUGGACCAGGGUUGUUCUUCUCCUGUUUUAAUUGAUUGCCCUCAUCCUAACUGCAACAAAAAGUACAAGCACAUUAAUGGGUUGAGGUAUCAUCAGGCUCAUGCACAUUUAGACCCAGAAAAUAAGCUUGAAUUUGAGCCUGACAGUGAAGGCAAAAUUUCAGAUUGUGAAGAAGCAUUAAGCAACGUGGCACUUGAAUGCAGCGAGCCAAGCACAAGCUUGUCCCAUUUUGACCAGCUAAAGUCUCCGACAUCUCCUUGUUCUCUCAGUACCCCGGCAACACCUAAGGGGAGAAGAGAACAGGCAAACCAUGGCAAGAAUUCUGGCAAAAAGAGAGGCUUGAACAGUGAAUUGAACAGCCUACCAGUAAUUUCCAAUAUGACUGUGACUUUGGAGAACUGUGCAGUAGCAGAUGGCAGUUUAGCUGCUGAAAUGCCCAAAUUAGAGGCUGAAGGAUUGAUUGACAAGAAAAACCUGGUAGAAAAAGACAAAGGCAAAAAAGCUAGCAACUGCAAAGUGGAUAAAAAUCUUUCAAAGCUUAAAACUGCCAGGCCCAUUGCACCCGCUCCAGCUCCAACACCACCUCAAUUAAUAGCUAUACCCACAACAGCCUUUACAACUACCACUGCUGGGACAAUACCAGGAUUGCCCUCACUAACUACGACUGUUGUGCAGGCUACACCAAAGAGUCCUCCAUUAAAACCUAUUCAACCAAAGCCCACAAUUAUGGGAGAGCCAAGCACUGUAAACCCAGCUCUCACAUUACUCAAAGACAAAAAGAAAAAGGAGAAGAGAAAGCUGAAGGACAAAGAAAGCAAAGAGAGUGGAAGUCCUAAAAUGGAUUUGAAGCUGGGAAAGCUAGAGGACACAAAGGGGUCUGGGAAAGAGAUUGCAGGACAUUUUUUAAAGGAACACCUCAGCAAAAAUGAAGUGCUAGCUAAUGGAUUGUCAGAAUCUCAAGAGAGCAGGAUGGCAAGCAUUAAAGCCGAAGCUGAUAAGGUUUACACUUUCACAGACAAUGCACCUAGCCCUUCAAUAGGGAGUGCCUCCCGAAUGGAAUGCAGCACUUUGGUGAAUGGACAGUCUUCUAUGGCGCCACUACAUGUGUUGACACAGAAUGGGGCAGAGGGUGCAGCUGCUAAAACAAACAGCCCCGCAUACUCUGAUAUCUCUGAUGCUGCAGACGAUGGUGGUUCUGACAGCAGGUCAGAGGGCAUGAGGUCAAAGGCCAGCUCUCCUUCAGAUACUAUUUCUAAUAAGGACAGUGUUGUAAAAGGGCAUUCCUCAACCCUAGUACAACCGCUCCAAGUAAAAGAGUCUCAUUCACCCUAUUACCAUGACUACGAUCCUUAUUAUUCUCCAAGUUACGUGCACUCUGGACAAAUCAGCACCCCUGUGGCUGGGAACAGCAAUAAUACACAGGGGAUGAAGAUCAAAAAAGAGGCAGAGGAAGAGGCUGAGAAGAAAGACAAGGCAGAGCCUGUAGAAUCCAAAAAAAAUGAAACCAAUGCCACCAACUUACAGCCUCAGCAUCAGUCAGUAAUAACUCAACGGCAUCCUGCACUUGCGCAGUCACUUUACUAUGGCCAGUAUGCUUAUGGGCUUUACAUGGACCAAAAGUCUUUAAUGGCCUCUAACCCAACUUACAGGCAACAAUAUGAAAAAUACUAUGAGGACCAGAGAUUGGCUGAACAGAAAAUGGCACAAACUGGAAGAGUCUGUGAAAGGAAAAAUGAACUCCCUCUGAAGGAUCUAGGACAAGAUGACAAGCUGAAAAAUAUUCCAUCUGCCACUAUCUCAAAAGCUCCUUCUACUCCAGAGGCCAGUAAAAACAACCCUAAAAUAGGGUCAUCUGUCCCUAAUAAAACUGAGGAUACAAACAAAUCACAAAUUCUGUCCAGUCAUCAGCAACAGCUUCAGUCUGAUAGCUUCAAAGCAAAGCAAAUGGAAAACCACCAGCUUAUAAAAGAGGCUGUGGAAAUGAAAUCCGUUAUGGAUUCUAUGAAACAGUCUGGAGUAGAUCCCACUACAAGGUUUAAACAGGACCCAGAUACAAGAACAUGGCACCAUUAUGUAUAUCAGCCAAAAUACCUUGAUCAGCAGAAAACAGAGGAACUGGAACGUGAAAAGAAGUUAAAAGAAGAGAGCCCCAGAAAAACACCUAAUAAGGAAGCCUCCUUCUCUAAUCUUCCUGUCUCAUUAAACAGCAUUAAAGAGGAGCCUAAGGAGGUCAAGCGUUCUGAUUCCCAGUCACUGGAGGAGAACAAGAUAAAAAAUGAUGAUCGAAAGACUCCUGUAAAUUGGAAGGAGUCACGGAGUGCUAGAGUGGCUGUCUCCUCACCAAUGACUCAGCAUCAAUCAUAUAUACAAUACUUGCAUGCUUAUCCUUACCCUCAAAUGUAUGAUCCCAAUCAUCCUGCUUACCGUGCUGUGUCUCCUGUCCUCAUGCACAGUUAUCCAGGGGCCUAUCUCUCGCCAGGGUUUCAUUAUCCUGUUUAUGGGAAGAUGUCUGGGAGAGAAGAGGUGGAGAAAGUCAACACCAGCCCUAGCAUCAAUGUAAAAGCAAACACUGAAUCGAAAGCACUGGAUUUGUUGCAGCAACAUGCCAACCAGUAUCGCAGCAAGUCUCCUGCUCCUGUGGAAAAAUCUACAGCAGAGCGUGAGAGAGAAGCGGAAAGGGAGCGUGAUCGUCAUUCCCCUUUUAGCCAGCGGCAUCUUCAUACACAUCACCACACUCAUGUUGGAAUGGGCUACCCACUAAUUCCAGGUCAAUAUGACCCAUUUCAAGGGCUGACCUCUGCUGCCCUUGUUGCCACUCAGCAGGUGGCUGCUCAGGCAUCUGCAUCUGGUAUGUUUCCUGCACAAAGAAGAGAAUGAUGAUUUUGGAAAUGUACACUGUCAUGUGACUGGAUCACGUGAAAAAAAGCGCUUUAUUACAGACAUCAGUUCCAUGGUGUUAAUUUGAAAUGCCUUAAUGGCAGGCAAAAACAAGUCAUUUCAUUUUUGUAAAUUGCAGAUUUUUAUCACAGAGUUACAAAUGUUGCUGUAUUUAGACUUUUGUUUUAUAUAUAUAUAUAUAUAUAUAUAUGCUUAUAUAUAUAUAAAUAUAAAUAUAUAUAUAUAUUCUUUACUUUUUUGUAUCAGUAAUCAGGCUCGCACACAGGGUCUGCUGCUAAGUUGUAAACCACAAAGUAAAUGAAAAAGUGUACUUGUCUUGUUUAGGAAGUGUUAAUGACAAAAGGUCAUUUCUUUUCCUUUUGCUUUUUAAAACUGUAAAUAACUAAUGUUAUGUAUCUGUGUGCCUGAACCUUGUAUACCCUUCUAAUAUUGCCCACAACCCUCAAUAGAGGCUAACUGUGAUUACGACAAUAUCACUUUGGUACAUUUUAGAUGUCUAUUUGGUGGCUCUUAUUAAGAUGCAUCAGUGUAAAAUGUUACUGUAUUAACUGUUUCAUUGUAAUUGUGUAUUGUGAAGAAUAUACAUUUGGAAGGCAUGGGGUUGCCAGUACCACAAAAACUGUGUUGUACAUAAUGUAUAGAUUUUAAAUGGGGAAAUAAUGAGCAUCUGUGAAUAAUGAAAUGUCCUUUUUAUAAUCUUGAAUGGCAAAUAACCCAAUAGCCUGCAUACCAGAAGACGUCUGUGAUUGUUCUAUUACUUGAAUAGUCCUGCAGUCUUUUUUUUAAUGUUUACAAUUAUCCCGUUUUAGAAGAGAGACUUUAAUGCCAUUGCCUGGUUACUUGUUUUAUGCUGUAAUCUAGUUUAUUUUAUGUAAAAUGUAUAUUGAAUGCUUUCAUUUUUAUACCUGCCUUAAAUAAUUUGGCAAUCAGAAUUAAAAAAAUGCUGUUUUUGUA